AUGCAAAUCUUUGUCAAAACUCUCACCGGCAAGACCAUCACCCUGGAGGUGGAGUCGUCUGACACCAUCGACAAUGUCAAGUCCAAGAUCCAGGACAAGGAGGGCAUCCCGCCUGAUCAACAGCGCCUGAUUUUCGCUGGCAAGCAGCUCGAGGAUGGCCGUACCCUCUCGGAUUACAAUAUCCAGAAGGAGUCCACUCUCCACCUUGUGCUCCGCCUUCGCGGUGGCAUGCAGAUUUUCGUCAAGACGCUCACCGGCAAGACCAUCACCCUCGAGGUGGAGUCAUCUGACACCAUCGACAAUGUCAAGUCUAAGAUCCAGGACAAGGAAGGCAUUCCUCCUGACCAACAGCGCCUGAUUUUCGCUGGUAAGCAGCUCGAGGACGGCCGCACAUUAUCUGAUUACAACAUUCAGAAGGAGUCCACUCUCCAUCUUGUCCUGCGACUUCGUGGUGGCAUGCAGAUCUUUGUCAAGACCUUGACUGGGAAAACGAUCACAUUGGAAGUCGAGUCCUCAGACACGAUUGACAACGUCAAGUCUAAGAUUCAGGAUAAGGAAGGCAUCCCUCCCGACCAGCAGCGUCUUAUUUUCGCUGGCAAGCAACUCGAGGACGGCCGAACCCUGAGCGACUACAACAUCCAGAAGGAGUCUACCUUGCACUUGGUCCUCCGACUUCGUGGCGGUAUGCAAAUCUUCGUCAAGACACUCACUGGAAAGACCAUUACCUUGGAAGUAGAAUCCAGCGAUACGAUUGACAAUGUCAAGUCAAAGAUUCAAGACAAGGAAGGCAUCCCUCCUGAUCAACAGCGUCUUAUCUUUGCUGGCAAGCAGCUAGAAGACGGUCGCACCCUUAGCGACUACAACAUUCAGAAGGAGAGCACCUUGCAUCUCGUUCUUCGUCUUCGCGGCGGCCAGUAA